AUGAUCUGCUUUGACGCCCCAACCAGAACCGUUACUGUCACCGUUGAUGGCAACGGGCAGCCACAGAACACACCGGCUCCCGUUGACCCUGUAACCCACAUAGCCUCUAUCAUCAUACCCUCUGGCACAAGUCCUGCCUCUUCGCCUGCGGGAACCGCCAAGGCUCAGUCUUCACAGACAGUCAUUGCCACUCCCAGUCAGACAUCGGGAGCUAGCAAUCCCUCACCGUCGGCUGCCAACUGGUCAGGGUACAGAAGUGUGUUGUACUUUACCAACUGGAUAUCUUCCGAUACAUAUUCUGACAUCGACAAGCACUACCCAACCGACUCUUGGAACGACCUUGGCCGCAACGCCUAUGGAUGCGUGAAGCAGCUCUACCUUCUCAAAAAGAAGAACCGUCACCUCAAGGUCCUACUCUCGAUCGGCGGCUGGACUUGGUCGCCCAAGUUUGCCCCCAUAGCUGCCACCGCUGCAGGGCGCAACCGCUUCGCCACCAGUGCCGUCAAGCUUCUCGCCGACUGGGGUCUCGACGGCCUCGAUAUUGAUUGGGAAUACCCCACCAACAAGAAUGAGGCCGACAACUAUGUCCUCCUCCUCAAAGCAUGCCGCGAAGCCCUGGAUGCUUACUCGGCCAAAAACGCCCAAGGGUACAAGUUUCUCCUUACCGUCGCCACGCCCGCCGGUCCUGAAAAUUACGGCAACAUGAACCUCGAGGGCAUGGACAAGUUUGUCGACUUUUGGAACCUGAUGGCGUACGACUACGCAGGAUCCUGGGACACCACCACGGGACACCAGUCAAACCUCUACCUCGACGAUCAGAAUAAGGUGGCCACCAAGUUCAGCACCGAAAAGGCCGUCCAGGACUACUUUGCCCGCGGCAUCGACGCGGCCAAGAUCACGCUGGGCCUCCCGCUCUACGGCCGCUCGUUUGCAUCCACCGGCGGCCUGGGCAAGCCUUUCAGCGGCCUGGGCGACGGCUCCAUCGAGCGCGGCGUCUGGCUGUACAAGGACCUGCCGCGGCCCGGCGCAAUCGUGGCCUAUGACAACGUUGCAAAGGCCAGCUACAGCUACGACGCAGCGAAGAGGGAGUUCGUCACAUAUGACACGGUCGACUCGGCCAGGGAGAAAACGCGGUACAUGAAGCAGAAGGGCCUCGGCGGCGCCGUCUUUUGGGAGGCGAGCGGUGACCGCAAGGGCGACCAGAGCUUGGUCGGCACGGUUGCCAGGGGGGUGGGACCCGUUGGAGAGCCCAUCUUGAACAACAGAAAACCUCAGUUCUGA